GAGAGAGCGAGGAAGGGAGGGUGUGGGAGGAUUUCGAGGCCUCUGGAUUGUUGUUCACGAGGUGUGGGGUUGUUUGGUGCAGUGGAAGAGGUGAGAAGGGUGCCGAUGGCGGGGGUGAUUGCGUCGCGGCGGUGAGCCUGGUGAAAGGCAUCAUCUGAAAACGGUAACUUGGAUCCAACGACAACUACGACCCUGUAUAUUUUGGCAUUUCGAGAGGUUUUGCUGCGUCGUAAGGCUUGCGCUACCUCGGAUAUUUUAAGGCGCAUACAUCAUCUGUGAAUCUAUCAUCGAUCCGUUUCUCGUGUUUGGUUUUUGGAGCUGGUUCUAUACACCUAAAAACUAUGGCCCAAUAUGGUCGUAAGCAGGACACGGAGGAGACGAACUGUCAGCCUCCCGAAGGUCCUGUGAGGUGCACCAACAACUGCGGAUUUUUCGGCAGUGCUGUAACUAUGGGUAUGUGUUCUAAGUGCUACAGGGACUUUGUACUGACGCAGGCCAAAACAUCAUCUGCUAAAAUUGCGGAGACAACCCCGAUAGUGUCUGUACCGAAAGAGCCUGUGGCAGACAGAGCUUUGUUUCAGAGCUCUCAUUUCUUAAGUGCACAACCUGAAGCUGCAGGUGCAUCCUCUGGAGCGUCCGCUUCAGGUCAAGAUCCUUCCCGGCCAAAGGCCAACCGAUGCUUCUCGUGCAAGAAACGAGUGGGCCUCACAGGUUUCGAGUGCCGGUGUGGCAACUUAUUUUGUUCUGCACAUCGAUACUCUGACAAACAUAGUUGCACUUUUGAUUACAAGACUGCCGGACGAGAUGCAAUAUCAAAGGCCAAUCCUGUGGUGAAAGCUGACAAAAUGAAUAAGAUCUGAUUUGUUAACUAAGAAAUAGUGAAUCUAUCAAGGUCAGCCCACGGAACCAUUAGUUCGUUCAGUGGAUUUUUCUUCUUAGUGGGGUCUGAGCUGGUGAAGUAUCUCUUCACUGUCUUCAAACAUUCGCAUAAAGUGCAGGUUAUGAUGUUUACGUAUUCAGGAGAUAGAAUUUUGGUGAUAGGCUUGUUCAACGUGAGCUAUUAAAUGCUCUUGUUCACUUCUGGCUGGGCUACUAUUUUGGCCUAGGAUCGUCAAGUUUUUUUAGGUGUGUCACCCCCGCAGCUGCAUUACUUGGGGAUGCGAUGUUUGACUGUGUUCUCUGCUGCAUUGUGGCAUCUUACAGAUGUCCGAGUUUGUAUAUAAGCAGUGAGUAGGCACUGCAAACUUUUGUUUCUGUACUGGCUAGAGUAACUUUACUUAUUUUCUCCUGC